CCCAUCACUCGUUCCCGGGCGCAUUCACCGACUCAGCAGCAUCGAUUGCGCCGCAAAUUGAUAAUGGAGGAGCUGCAGAAGCGAGUCGAGCAGCUCGAGGGUCAGCUUGCGGAGCUGUCCCUUCCAGAUGCCGCCUCAUCGAGCGCCUACACCGACGUGGCCGAGCGGGAGAUCCGCAUGCGGGCCGAACAACACAUGAGGACACAGGCUCGUCUGGUGGAGAUGCUCACAAAGCAGCUGGAGCAGUCAAAGAAGCGCAACAGGCGGCUUGAGGCGGAGUUGGCCGAGCUGCGUGCAGCGAGUGACUGUCAGCCCGUCGAUCUCAUUCUCGAUGACGGCACAAGAUAUCAGGGGCGUGUCAAGAACGGCCUGCCACACGGCCCUGGCAAGCAGGCCGACAUGGACGGCCAGAAGAAGAUCUACGAGGGGCAGUGGGUGGGCGGCAAAGGUGACGGCGUCGGGGUGUGCUAUCAUGAUGACGGCAAGACCAAGAAGUACGACGGCCAGUGGACGGCCGGCAAGUGCCACGGUCAGGGCGUCAGCUACCAUCAGAAUGGCCAGAUGGAGUAUCAGGGCGGCUGGCGGGCGGGGCAGAUGGUCGGCGAGGGGAGAACCGACAAGAUGCCUUUCGGGGACGGCAAGACUUACACCGGCCCCCUGCACAAUGGAAAGCCACACGGCGAGGGGACAGCGACAUGGCAGAACGGCGGCACGUCCACAGGCACAUGGGAGCAUGGGCAGAUGGUCGGCGAGGGGAGAGCCGACAAGAUGCCCUUGGGGGACGGCACCACCUACAGUGGACCUCUGCUCGACGGGAAGCCACACGGCCAGGGUACCUCCUAUCACGAUAAUGGCAAGAAUAGGUACGAGGGGCAGUGGGAGAAUGGGCUGCGGCACGGCAACGGCAAGGCCUACGGUCGUUCAUGGACCUGGGUGGUAUUCGAGGGACACUUCGCAAGCGGGACGGCGCAAGAUGGGACAUUCUACCCCACCUUUACGUAUCAGCAGCAGUGGCGGGCUGGUCAGACAGUCGCAUCAAAAGUCAAGAAGGAGCUGCAAAAGGACUGUGGGAGGAUCCCUGACUGCUUGCCCAAUGCAUGACGGGAGGAAGGGCGGGGACGCUGCUGUAUGUGUGUGUGUGCCUUUGCGUGUCUGAUUGGUCCUGCUGACGAUCUGCACUGUGAUCCACUCAAAGCAUGUUGGGUUGUGAAGGCCUCAUUUCUAUCGAUUGGUAGUCGAUUGUGUUGCC